AUGGCUUUCUUCUUCAAUCGUGGCCGAUCGCGCCAGCCCGCUGAUGUCGUUCGCUCAACAAAAGAAUCAUUGUUAAGGGUCCAAGAAGCCCCCAAUACACCUAAGGCCGAUGAAGAGCUGGCCAAACAGCUUGGUCAGAUGAAAGUGAUUGUUCAAGGAACACAAGAGAUCAGCACGUCCCCCGAUCAGGUUCACGCACUCAUCCAAGCAACACUCCAAGAAGACCUACUCUAUGAUCUCUCGCGGUCAAUUCAUUUACUGCCCUUUGAGGCUAGAAAGGAUACGCAGACCAUCUUCUCUCAUAUCUUGCGCUUUCGGCCCACCUCCUAUGCGCCCGACAAAGACCCUCCAGUCAUUUCCUAUAUUGUUCACCACCGUCCAGAGAUUCUUAUUGAGUUAUGCCGAGGGUACACACACAGCCAAAGUGCCAUGCCGUGUGGUGUAAUUUUACGUGAAGCGCUCAAAUUUGACGUGGUCACUGCGGUGGUUCUGUAUGAUCAAUCACAAGAGGGGGAGGCGGCCGUGCGUCUCUCGGAUUUGAAGCCCAAUGCCCCUCAAAACGGCGACGGCGUGUUUUGGAAAUUCUUUGAAUGGAUCGACAAGGGGAACUUUGAAGUGAGCGCCGAUGCAUUCACGACAUUCCGGGAAAUUCUGACUCGGCACAAGAGUCUAGUGACCGCAUAUUUGGCCAGCAACUUUGAGCUAUUUUUCGGUCGAUUCAACACCAUCCUGGUGCAGUCAGAUUCAUACGUGACCAAACGACAGAGCAUCAAGCUGCUUGGGGAGAUUCUAUUGGACCGUGCCAACUACAAUGUGAUGAUGGCCUACGUGGAAAGUGGGGAGAACCUCAAGCUGUGUAUGAAACUGUUGCGCGACGAUCGCAAAAUGGUACAGUACGAGGGAUUCCACGUUUUCAAGGUAUUCGUGGCGAACCCAAACAAAUCGGUGGCAGUACAACGGAUCCUGAUCAACAACCGCGAUCGGUUGUUGCGUUUCUUGCCAAAAUUCCUGGAGGAUCGAACGGAUGAUGAUCAGUUUACGGAUGAGAAAAGCUUUCUGGUGCGACAGAUUGAGGUUCUUCCGAAGGAGCCAGUCGAUCGGAGUCGACCCAGUCGAGAGGCUCAGUCCGGGGUCAACACCGCAGUGGUCUAA